AUGUUGUUCACUAGAACCCCUGUGAUGACCCCCAAGGCGGCGGGCGCGCGCCCUGGCGUCAGCAGCCAAGGCAUGAUCGUCAACGGGCUCGUUUAUACCUCUGGCGCCGUUGGAAAGAGUCCCGAUACAGGGGAAUUUGUCAAAGGCCCUAUCGAACAGCGGACGCACCAGUGUGUCGCGAACCUUAAAGCAAUCCUUGAAGCUGCUGGAUCGAGUCUUGACGAUGUCAUUGAAGUCAAUGUGUACAUCACCGAUAUGGACGAUUUCGACAGGGUGAACGCAGUCUACAAGCAGUAUUGGGGCUCCGUCAAGCCGGUCCGAACAUGUGUUGGCGUUAAAAGCCUGCCCGGCUACACUGACGUGGAGAUCAAGUGCGUAGCAGUCGUGCAGACUCCACUACCGUCAAGGGUUUGA